CAAAACAAUUAAUAUAGGCAAAAUACUAUAUUCCUUAUAAAAUUUCUUACUGGUGGCAAAAGAAUAUUCUAGAUGAUCACCGUCUUGAUAACAUAUACGCUAAUUAUGGAAUGACAAGUAUGAUAUCGACCAUUUCCGCAUUUAAAUUGAUGGUAAUAGUGCAUCACUAUUUGAUACGCGUCAAGACGCAAAGCGAGACCGCUAGCGUCUCAAUAUUCCCGCGAAGCAAUGGAUCGUUGAUACAUCGGUACGCUCAAAAAUUACGGGACCAGAAUGAUUAUCAAGUGACGUUGGAGCUAAAAAAAUUAAAAAAAUUUAAAAAUCUACCGAACAAUCAAAGAGUUAACAAAAGCGCUCAAUCAAAAGAAUUAUUUACUGCCACACCUACUGAAACAUAUCAUAGAUCUGGAUACUACGAGAGGAGUGUAAAUAAUGGAAUAAUUAAGGGGCCACUUUAUAGUGAUCACCCUAUGAAAAGGAGAUGGCUAUCCGAUCCUAACUCCUCGGCAUUCUUCUCGGAGAAGGAAUCCAACUCCAUCAUUUUUAAUUUCACCGACGAUUAUUUCGAAACCGAUUUUGAUUCCAACGUGUCUAUCCUGGAUUUUCACGGUAAUUCCUUGGACUCGUUUGAUAAUUAUUCGAGCUACAUGAACAUUUCAACUCUAUCUUCCAUUCCACAACCCUACGAACUUUGGCAAUUUAUUGUGAUAAUAAUACUCACGGUUCUCUUGUCGACGGUCACCAUAAUGGGAAAUUUACUCGUGCUAUUUUCGUUUGCUAUAGAAAGGACAUUGAGGCAACCGACCAAUUAUUACAUCGUUUCUCUCGCCAUAUCUGAUUUGAUUAUUGGCGUUUCCUCCAUGCCUUUCUAUUCGCUUUACUUGCUGGUAGGAAGCUGGCCUCUGGGAGAGAUUCUUUGCGACCUGUGGCUUUCAACUGAUUACACCGUAUGCUUAGCUUCGCAAUACACGGUAUUCUUUAUAACCCUAGAUCGUUAUUGUUCAGUUAACAUACCGGCUAAGUAUAGGAAUUGGCGCACUCCAUUUAAGGUUAAAUUUAUGAUCUACUGCGCUUGGGGUAUACCGAUCUCAAUAUUUUUCAUAGCCAUUUUCGGUUGGCAGUACUUUUUUGGAACACGUGGUGUUGAAGCCGAUCAAUGCUACGUGCCGUUUAGAGAUAAUCGAGUAUUCAAUACCUCACUCAUAUUUUUCUAUUAUUGGUCAACAUUAGUGGUUUUAUUAUCGCUCUACGCAGGAAUAUACAAGGUGGCUUACGAUUUGGCGCAAAAGUCGAUCGAAAAAGAGAAACGAGCUAAGGCGAUAGUUCAGAAUGCGUUGCUGAACAAGAAAAGUAUUAGAGAGGGUACUUCUAGAAGAAGAGCAUCGAAAACUAAAUACUCUAAAGAGGAUGGUCUAUUGAGCCUAAAAACGUCCAAUAACGUCGUACAUGAAACUACCAGUUUUUCCAAGGAGGAGAAAAGAGAAAAGGACAAGUCAAGUAGCAUUUCCUUUCCUUCAGACGAAUCAGAUUCCGACGAAUUUUCGGAGUCCGGAGACGUGGCCAUUACCAAAGGUCAUCAAAAGGAUAAAAACAAGAUAUCUAAAUCGGGUAGGUCUAACAAAGCGAAUAAACCCCAUAGGAACGAAAAGAAACACGCGAAAACUGAACGCGAAUCGUAUUCUCUAGAGAAAAAAACUACGCCAAUGACGUUUAAAAAAGAAAUAGACGGGCUUGCAGAGGGGCUCUUGUCCAAAUCCGAUGCUAAAAGUGAGACGCCUGACGUUCGCGUAAUUGAGAAAACCUGCAAAGUUGAAAAAGUCGACACCAUGACACAAACCAUCUUGUCCUAUUCAUCCGUCACAACCCCGACCCCUCGUACCCUAUACGAAAUAGAGGCGAGUCAACGGUUUAUCGGAAUAACGAAUUUAAAUAUUUACAUAACCACGAACACGCCUACUCUAACCGACUACGAUAUAAUGAGCGAAUCCAAUAAUAUCCGCGGAAAUAAUUGCCUACAAAAAAAUCCGGUAUUAAUGAUCCAAGGCGUUACUUUUGAAGAUACGGAUAAGAUCUGCAGUAAGGACAAUAAAAUUAAGGAAAGUUUUGCCGAAGGUUUCAAAAAGAAUUUCAAAAGACCAAGUACCACUAAGGAUAGAAAAAAUUUAUUCCUACCAGGUUUGAAACAAAGUUACGAGACCCCUGGUAAGUUAUUUAAAUCGCCUGUCCCAGGGUCACUUUCUUUUCAGUCUACUAAUACAACUCUAACCCCACUUACACCCUUCGUAGAAGAUAUCGCUCAUUCGGAUAACACAAAAGAUACGUUUCUAUCCUCUUCGGUAACACCUUCUCUGGUCGAUACCAACGGUGGUAAGCACUUGGGUGACAAUGAACCGGGAAUUGUUAGGUUACCCAGUUCUCUCAAGGAAAGACGUAACAAAUCUCAGGGGAAAGCCAAAGACGCUAAGACUGGCCGGAGAAGGAAUAGUAGCAUGUUUUCUUCGUUCAGCGUCAACGCACCUCAAAAUAUGGCAUCGUCCAGUGUCGAAGCUGACGAAGAUAAGAUGGACAAAGGCAUUGGGAGUAAAAUAGUGGCCUAUACAAAAAUAAAUGGCAUCGGCAAGAAGGGUGAGAGACGCAAAAUGCUAAAAUUCGGUAGGAGGGAGCAGGAAGGAAGCGAUAGAAAGAAAUCCAAGUCGGAAAACAGGGCCCGUAAAGCCUUGAGGACUAUCACCUGCAUCAUGGGAGCAUUUAUUCUGUGUUGGACUCCUUAUCACAUAUGCGAAACCAUAAGGGGGUUCAACCCAGACUUUCCCAUAAACACUCAUUUUUAUAAUUUCACCUAUUGGCUGUGUUACCUCAAUAGUCCACUCAAUCCAUUCAUGUACGCCUUGGCAAAUCAACAAUUCAAAAAGACUUUCAUUCGUAUAUUAAAAUGUGAUUUUCGCAAAAGUUAAAAAAAAGAGGAAGCAAACAAUGACAUUUUAUUUAUU